AUGUUUUCUGCUGCUACUAAGAACUUUGUCAAACAAGUAGGUGACGGAGGUAGGUUAAUUCCUGUUCCAAGUCUUAGCGAGGCAGACAAGUACCAGCCUUUGAGCCUCGUAAUAAAAAAGAAGAGAUGGUGUUUUUCUAGAAAGGCAAGGUACGUCUCUACACCUUUUACUCUAAAAGAUAUUCUACAUGGAGACAAAGAAAUAUCUGCUGGUAAGUGUUUUUUAUAUUUAUAUUUAUAUAUAUAUAUAUUUAUUGCGUUUUCUAUGGUUUACAACAAUGUAUUAAACAUUCAUGCUUUCAAAGAACUUCAUCCAUUAACAAUGGUAUCCUAUUGAAAUGCUGGGAUCAUUCCAUUGUAAAGGCUGUUAGUUUUAUUGCAACAUAUCAGAGGUAUUAGUGUAGUGACUAUAAAUUGUCAAGCGAAAAUUAAUCUCUGGCGACUACAAAUUUAUCCCUAGUGAAUAUGCUUCUUUAUUUCAGUGGCAAGUGACUCUUAAGGCCUGGCUAGAAACAUAUGACUUCACAUCUUUAAGUCCCGGUAUUAAAAUGUGCAUUUAGGAAUUCACACCCACUGAUUGGACAUAUCUCACAAACAGUGAUAUACUAAAUAAUGCAUUAUCAUGGAUAUUUAUGUAAAAUUUGUGAAUGCACAUACAUGUGAGCAAUGUCUGUGAAAGAAUAAUAAUGUAAGGGUUUGUCAAAAAGAAAUUGUAUGUGCAAUGAGCAAGAUGUAAUGAACACACAUACUUACCUAGUUACACUCACAUACCUAAUUAGUCAUGCUUUUACACACAUUUUAUUAGCCAAAUUAUCUCUUCUACACACACGUCACAAGUCACUCUUACAAUCAUAUUCUUCCCAAGAGACCCUAUUUAGGAGAGAACUUUCCUAUUUUGGGCCCAAAUCCCUCUGUUCCUGUUUCCUAUUUUGGGCCCAAAUCUCUACUGGACAGCCACUAGAGGGCACUUCCUCCAGCGUCGCUCAAUUCCCCAUAGGAAAGCAUUUUCAAUGCUUUCCUAUGGAGAGCUCUAAUGCGCGUGUGCGGCAUUGCUGCGCAUGCGCAUUAGGUCUCCUCAGCCGGCGGGCGAGAUCUCGCCCACCGGCUGACGUAAGGAAGGGGAGGAGCGGCGGCGACCCGAAACCACCGCCGAGGGACAUCGGCGGGGGUCUCAGGUAAGUGACUGAAGGGGAUUUCACCCCUUCAGCAACCGGGAUGGGAGGUGAGAGGGAGAGGGGACCUGCAGUGCCAGGAAAACAGUUUGUUUUCCUGGCACUGGAGUGUCCCUUUAAACAGCCCCUUUUUUAAUUAUAUUUGAAAUGUUGGGAAUCGUUCCUAAUCAGGCACUUUUACCUGAACGUACCUAGCAAUUCAAACUCUCUCUCGCACAUUUAUAAUAAGCUACACAUUUUCACAUGUACACAAAACUAGUCAGUCAUACACAUUGAUUUAGCAUACAACCACCCACUGACAUGCGUACAUCGCUAAAUACAUCUUUAUGAGCCAUUUAGACGAACACACACAUUUUUCAUACAUAUCAAUAGGUGACUAACCUAAUUAAUCAUACACAACUAACCACUCAUGUACAAGCAUGCAACUAGCCACACACUGAUAACUAGCCACACACAUUCACACACAGUUAAUUAGCAGCUUGUUGUAUUUUAUGCAUGUUACAUUCCAACAUACACCUGUCUUCCUUUUCCUGACUGACUACUCAUGAGUAAUUUGGUUGCUCAUUUUCCUGCUUCUCAACUUUACAAAUCUGAGUAUAUGUUUAGGGGGGUGCAAGCAAUGUUUAUAACAAGGGAUUUUAUAUGAGUGCUCUUAAUACAUUUACACAGCAGAUUGCCUGAAAUCAGGUGUAAAAAUAUUUUACCUUAACUUCUUAAAUAAAAAGGAAUCAUGACGGAAUAUUUUCGUCAUGUGUCCUUAAGGGGUUAAAAAAGGUCCUACAAUUGCUCUAGAAAAUUCUUAACAUUCCUGUGACGAAGUGCCCUUCGCCACUUGUGCCUGGAGAGGGCUGCUUGCCCGCCUCUUGCCCUGUGACUAUGGACCCUGGGAGAUUUGGCCCGUUCAAUUCAGUAUGAUAGGAGUUAUGUAAUUUUGUAUCCUUUUGUGUUUUACUGGGAACAUGUGCUCAAUGGAGUCUGCUUCUAUCCCUGGAUAAUUGGAUUACUUUCCCCAUUGUCUCCAGGCUAGAGGGCUCUGUAAAACCAGUUUGGGCCAGAUAGCCAUGCUGCCAGCCAGGCCCCAAAAGAUACUUUACUAACUUCUGAACCCCUGGUCUGAUUCAUGCCAUUUUUUGAUAUGUUGUUUCCCUGAAUAUAUUAAUUGUGAAUAUAUAUUUUUUUAUGUGAAUGUGAUGUAUAUUUUAGAAGUUAUGAAUGCUGUAAAAACUGUAUUAUUUCUGACCAGCAGAUAAUUGAGCUUUGUGUAUUGUAGAAACUCAAUUAUCUAGCCUGGCCCAGAGGAGGAGUUUUGUAUUGCAUAAAUUGUGAGUUCUGUGUGUCAGUAAAUCAGUCUUGUUCCAGCAUUAAGCCUUGGCUCAUGUUUGGGGGAUUGCUAUAAUCACUAUACUCCCCAGGGUAUGAUCACUAAGUUCUGCUAAGAGCUUGUUCCUGCUCUCUGGGGAAAGAGAGGUUCACCCACUGGAAGCUGGAUCCUGGCCAGGGUCCAGGGUGGGUGGAGACAGCAGAGACCCCGGCGCAGUUGCAUCACUGGAAGUGGGGUCUGCAGUGCUGAUGGUGUCGGUUGGAGUACUUGGAGUCCUCAGCGAGCACUAGAAGCAUCGAUUGGUGGAGGUACUCAGUCGGAGUGCCAGCGGUCCGUCACAAUUCCACUUUUUGGAAGUGUGUUCAGAUGCCCACAGUAGAACAAUGGAUCAGUAGAGUUAAGGGUAUGCAAAGUAUGGAGGAGCUUCACUGGCCCUUCCUUGGGGAAAAAAAAAACUAGAUAACUUAAGGUUUGGGUGCCCUGGCUCUCCUAUUUGAACUCUUCAUAGGGAUGUUGGUGUCAUCUCUUGGGGUGUAGACAUCCUUACAUACUUUAGGGCCCUCAAUCCCUACACCAAGACUGAUACGUAGGGUAAAUUUUUCCACCAAUGGAGCAAGAUGGGGAUGGCCAAUAAUGCUUUCCAGUGUUUGGUUCACUAUAUUCAAGAUAAAUGUCUGACCAUGUUACUGUUGACAUUUUGUUAAUGAUGGAAAAGUGGAAUUGAAUUUAUUGUUUAGUUACAUAGAAUAUGACGGCAGAUAAGAACAGGUUGGCCCAUCUAGUCUGCAUCUCGUUUUUAUGUUCUGUUCUUUCAACAGCACAUAUCUACACAGUAUUGUUGAAAGAAGAACCGUAUGCAUUUUGGUUCAAUAUGUAUAUACAUUUAAUGCUUAUUAUUAUUCUAUACCAUUACUUGCUCUCUGGACAUAACAUCUGGAAAAGCAUGCUGGUUUUGCAACCCUCCAAAAAAUUAAUCAAACAAAAAAAGGGAAACACCUUACAGUAACUGCUCCUUUUCAUAAACACUAACUUAAAGCUUCAAAUCCCUGGGCAAAAGAGCAAAUCGUUGUUGAUCAAUAUUUUUGAAAUAUAAAAAUGGUGCAUGACUUCCACUUUGAAACAGCAUUACCAGUGCUCAAAUUCUACCGCAGAAAAAGCAUAAAUUGGCAUCAGGUUGCCUAAAAGUACAUUAACAUAUGCCCCUUCUAGGGUUCAAAAGAGAAGACAAUGAAAGGACAUGGCAAAAUGCCCAAAUCAUGUUUCAUCCAGGUCCCAUGUUAUUAAAGUGAGUAGAGGUAUUACCAUCUGUAAAGUAUGGUACGUCAAAUUUUGCAGCUCUGAUAGGCUAAUUGUGUGAAUCCUGGAUGUUCUGUGAUGCUUGAUUUAACCAUGUCACUUGUUUGUUUUGUGUGUUACUCAUUUAGAGGUUGAGUGUUGCUUUCUUCAUGUUUAAAUCAGUGAUUAGUGGCUGAUUUCUUUUCGCCUUAGAUGUAUUUCUGUUUCCUUAGGUGUCAGUUCUUACCAGUUGUUGAAUUAUGAAGAUAAAUCAGAUGUAUCUUGGAACAGACGACAUGGAAAUCAGAUUAUGAAUGACGUUGGAAUCGACAUGUAUGGAUCAGACUCUGUUGCAGUUAAAGCCUCUUUUGGUGUUGUUACCAAGCACGAGGUUGAAGUUCCGACACUUCUUAAGGAACUUAUUUCUAGGUAAAUAUGAUAAGAAAUCUCAAGGAACUACUCAUAAGAGAGUGAUUAAGAGUUAGAUCCCAGAUUUUAUAAUGUGUUCUGUGUAAGUAGGUUAGAUUUUAUAGUUCUGCCUUUAGUGUACUUGAUGAGGGUAAAUUUAUCUCACUAGUCAGUACUAACUAAAUAUUCUCAAAGCCACAAACUGAACAGUCCUAAUUGUACAUUUAUUUUUACUUAGUAUGGCUUACUAGAGCUGCAUAAACAAAGUUUUUUAACUGCUAAAUGGCAGAUAAUAUAACAGUGACACUGCAAGUCCUAGCUGUUUCAUUAAUGAGCUUGCCAUUGCUUAAUAAAGCAUUUUUGGUGUAUGGAUUAUCUCAUGCCCCUGCAGACUCACUGCUCAACUUAACACGAUUUAGGAGUAAAAUCACUUCUGCUUCGGUUUAUAAAGCCCUGGCUACACCUCCCCUGGCUGUGACUUACACAGCCUUCAUUAAAAAGAUUUAAGUUUCAAUCCGAUCUUACAGUACAGUGUGUAAGUUCUUAGCUCCUGCCCUGUUAAUCAAACUUUAAUCAGACGCAGAGGUUGUUGCAGGCUCUAGCAGGCUAUUAGCAGAGGAGGAGAUAAUAACUUAUUAAGCAAAUACACUGUGCAAUAAAGGAAGCAAGGAGUUUCAUACUUUUUUUUUUCUUGGUUUGUUUUCGUAAGUGUGCAGAGAGACUGUGUGAGUUACAGUCAGGUGAGAUGCAGUUAUGGGUGUAUAAACAAAGUGAUUUAAGACAAUUUAGCAGUGAGUUGCUUACUGCAGGAAAGAGUCAAACCAUUUUCAAAAUAUUUAAUACUAACUGGGUCAACCAGACACCUGGGUUCCAGCCCUUUGCUAUCUGCUGUAGCUAAAGCAGACAUCCCCCCCCCACCAUAAUAGAUGCAUUCCUAUUUGGAAGGAAUUAAUUUACUCCAAACAUUGGCCUCAAUUAAUUUAAUUUAAUAAGCUUUGCAAAAGAUGCAAUACUGUUAGAAAAACAUUCCAAAUGAUUUCUCUACAAAAGUCACAAUUAAAGUCUAUGGUGAUUUUUGUAGAUAAAUUAUUUGGCAAAAUUUAUUAUUGAAUCAUUCAGAAAGCUUAUAAAAAUAAGGCCAUAGAUAGAACUGAUAUCACGAAUGAAAAAAAUAGGAACUUCCACACUAGUGAUAUCAGAAGUUUGUGUAAGCACAAAGUAAGGGGCAAACUGUUCCGUAAUGGUUUGAAACUAACCCAGGGCUCGUGCUAGGGAACUCAUGGCACCAUGAACCUCUGCAGAGCACCGUUGUCAUGAUGGUGCCUAGACUAGCCCGUUAAUGGCGAAAAUGAGAAAGUUAUGAAGAUUGCAGUAUAUGAGUCUUUUUCCUCUUUGCUGUAUUAAAAAUUUCAAUUAUAACUUUCAAUAGUUUUUUUUAACUGAAUUUACCUUGGAAGUAAAAGUGGUUAUUCUAGCUACUUAUCAAAGAUUUAAUCAGUGCUAACAGCUCGAACUUUGACAAUUUAUUAAAUUACUGCAUUAGUUUUGGAUUGUCAUGACUCCUUGUCUAAACUGGAUAAUGUUUCUCACUUUCAGAACGAUUGACUUAGAUCACUGUUUAAUUCGCCAGUCAAGACAAAGCAGAAAAGAGAUAUUAUGUGUUGUGAUGGAAAGCAUUCGGACAACACGCCAGUGCUCUUUAUCGGUCCAUGCUGGCAUGCGGGGAGAAGCCAUGAGAGUGAGUCUGUUUGGUAUAUUACACCCCAGUGAUGCAACUUAAGCUACCUCUAUAGAAAUAAUACUAGAUGAUUAAACCUUAAUCUUACCCCUCCCUUUCUCCAAUAGACCACGUGCAAAUUGAAAACUUGAAACAAGUUCCAAGUGUGAUUUUUGAGAUGCCCAGUGUGGUUUUGAGGUAGCAUGCGUGAAUCCUGAAUUCAUAAUUUAAAAUUACUGGCCAUCUCGAAACACACUUGGAGCCGGUUUUAAGCUUUUAAAUUGCUCAUGGUCUUUUUCUGAAAAGGAUUGGUAAUAUUAUCAGCUCACGUUAACUAGCUUUCAAAUGCUUGCAUAUUCAAUGCGAACAAGGACUUAAAGAGACAUCAUAGGCACCAAAACAACUUUAGCUUACUGAGGCAGUUUUGGUGUAUAGAUCAUGCCCCUGCAGUCUUACUGCUCAUUUAUCUGCCAUUUAGCAAUUAGAUUACUUUGUUUAUACAGUCCUAGUCACACCUCCCACCGUGUGUCAGGAUUACUGUUUGAUCCAGCACGUAGAACUGUACAGCACGGAUGACAAAUAAGUAACGUAUUACUGGUCCUUAGAAUGGCCGGAUUUAACGUACAAAGAAUAGUCAAAAAUACUAGCCGAGGUCAGGGAACACAGAAAGGGACACAGCGAUGAGGAAAGCCAGGAGUCAGGAUACCAGAAUAUAGAGAAGUCAAUAAACAAAGCCAAAAUCAAAAACCAGGUAGAAAACUAUAAACAGGAACGCGCUCUCGGACAACCACAAGGGAAACCACGACAGGGCACUGAGCAGGCUGAGAACUGGGCCUAAAUACCCCUCCUUUAGUUCUGAUAGGCUGUAACUGGCCUUUGACCCCAAAGUCAGUUACCAGGUUUCAUUUGCAUAAUUGCUGCUCAGCAUUAACCCUUCUGUGGAUUAGGUUGCUGCUCGGCACAACUUUUCCUGUGUGGACAGUAAAUGUCAUUAACCACAUUUCUAUAAGCGGAUGAAUACGUGACAUUACCCCCCACCUGAAGAACGCCCACCGGGCAGACAGGACCAGGCUUGAGAGGAAAUUUUGCGUGAAAAGCGCGGAUCUUAAGGCCCGCAUGCAGGUCUGGAGCCGAAACCCAAGAACGAUCAGCAGGACCGUAACCUUUCCAAACAACCAAGUACUGUAAAGUGCCCCGAGAAAACCUAGAAUCCAUGAUAGAAGAUACCUCAUACUCUUCCUGACCACCCACCACCACCGGAGGGGGAGGAACACAAGGAACAGUAUAUCUAUUGCAGACAAGAGGUUUGAGUAAGGACACAUGAAAAGUGUUGGGAAUCCCUAAAGAUGCAGGAAGAGCCAGAGAGUAAGACACUGGAUUGAUCCUACGAAGCACUACAUAGGGACCAAGGAAUCUGGGGGCAAACUUCAUGCUAGGGACCUUAAGCUUGAUGUUGCGAGAUGACAACCAAACCCAGUCCCCCACUUGGUACACCGGGUUGGCACUCCUACGCUUAUCAGCAAAAUGUUUGAAGCGUUCAGCAGCAGCCCCUAGAGCAGUUUGAACCUUAACCCAGGUAUCCCGAAUGGAGGCCAGACGCUCAUCCAGAGCAGGAAUGACAGUAUCAGAAAAUACCGCAGGGAGAACCGUAGGAUGCCUACCAUUAUUGACAAAAAAUGGACUGUGCCCAGAGGAGUCAUGAACAGCAUUGUUUCUAGCGAACUCGGCCCACGGGAGUAGUUCGGACCAAUUGUCUUGUGUGCUAUUAAUAAAACAACGCAAAUAAACUUCUAAUGACUGGUUAGCCCUCUCAGCUGUACCAUUGGUCUGUGGAUGGUAGGAGGAGGAGAAGGAGAGAUCAAUCCCCAAUUGUUUACUGAACGCCCUCCAGAACCUGGACACAAACUGAGAGCCCCUAUCAGACACAAUAUUGUGGGGGAUGCCAUGCAAACGGACAAUUUCACGUAUGAAAAUUAGGACCAAAUAUUGCGAAGAUGGCAACUUCUUGAGAGGAAUGAAGUGAGCCAUCUUAGAAAAUUGGUCUACCACCAUAAGAAUAGUAGUGAACCCAGCAGAGCUAGGAAGCUCAACAAUAAAGUCCAUGGAUAAGUGAGACCAUGGAAUCUCAGGAACAGGAAGAGGCUGCACAAGGAAGUGCAUGAGUCACCUUAGAAACUGCACACACAGAACAUGCCUGCACAUACUCCUUUACAUCUUUCCUGAGUGAAUCCCACCAAAAUGAUCUAGUGAUCGCGGCAGUGGACUUAUUGAUGCCCGGGUGUCCAGCAGUUAUAUUGCCAUGGAAGACUUUCAUGAUAUUAACCCUUUCACAUAGGGGAACAAACAGUUUAUCACACGGGUUACCACUGGGCGCCUGAGGCUGGGCCUCCAGUAUGGUGCCAAGCAGUGGAGAAGACAGUGAGAGGACAGUAGUAGCAAUAAUACACUCUGGUGGAAUAAUAGGAGAUGUCACCUGUUCCGGAGCUGACUCAUUAUCAAAUUGCCUGGACAAGGCAUCAGCCUUGGUAUUUUUAGAACCAGGUCUAUAAGUAAUGAGAAAGUUAAAACGUGAAAGGAACAGUGACCAUCUAGCCUGUCUGGAAGACAAACGUUUGGCAUCCCCUAUAUAUGCCAGAUUUUUGUGGUCGGUUAUGAUCAACAGGGGGUCCUUGGAACCCUCCAAAAGAUGUCGCCACUCCUUGAGGGCAAGAAUAAUGGCCAACAGUUCUCUAUUGCCAAUAUCAUAGUUGCGCUCAGCAGGAGACAUCUUUCUGGAGAAGUAGCCACAAGGAUGCAAUGGUGUUCCCUGGCUUUCUCUCUGAGAGAGAACAGCCCCUACCCCUGUCUCGGAUGCAUCAACCUCCAAUAUAAAAGGUUUACUAGUGUCGGGAUGUUUUAGUAUGUCCGCAGAGGCAAAUCUUUGUUUAAGAGUCUCAAAAGCAUUCACAGCCUCUUUGGACCAUACCGUGCUACUAACCCCUUUGCGAGUCAUAUUUGUGAUUGGGGCUAUUACAGAAGAAAAUCCUUUGAUGAAUCUUCUGUAAUAGUUGGCAAAACCAAUAAACCUUUGAAUGGCUUUUAAACCAGAGGGUAAUGGCCAGUGUAGUACAGCCUCUAGUUUUUUAGGAUCCAUUUGAAAUCCCGAUGCAGAGAUGUUGUAACCCAAAAAGUGGACUUCAGGCUGGUCAAAUAUGCACUUUUCUAAUUUACAAUAAAGUUUAUUUUUCAACAACGUCUGCAGAACCUGUUUCACAUGGGAGUGGUGAGUUUGAAGAUCAGGGGAAUACACCAAAAUAUCGUCCAAAUAAACCAAGACAAAUGAGUAAAUGAAUUCCCUGAGUACAUCAUUUAUAAAGUCUUGGAAUACGGCCGGGGCGUUGCAUAACCCAAAUGGCAUUACCAGAUAUUCAUAGUGUCCACUACAGGUAUUAAAUGCCGUCUUCCACUCAUGAUUCUCUUUAAUUCUAACCAAAUUGUAAGCACACCUAAGGUCAAGCUUAGUAAAUACUUUAGCUCCCUGAAGUCUAUCGAACAAUUCGGAAAUGAGUGGGAUAGGGUAUGCAUUUUUUACAGUGAUUUUAUUAAGUGCCCUGUAGUCUAUGCAAGGGCGUAACUCACCACCCUUUUUCUCAACAAAAAAGAAUCCUGCACCAGCUGGUGAGGAUGACUUUCUUAUGUGCCCUUUGCUCAAGGAUUCUUUGAUGUAUUCCUCCAUUAUUUUACUCUCCUGGGGAGAUAAGGCAUAAACUGCCCCCUUAGGUGGCAUAGCGCCUGGAAACAGGUUAAUGGCACAGUCAUAUGCUCUGUGGGGAGGCAAUACAUCGGAUUGAGCCUUGUUAAACACCUCCUGAAGUUCUCGGUAUUGUAUGGGAACUCCAGGAGUUUGGGGAGUGGUAGUGGGAAGGUCAAUAGUAUCCAAUCUCUUUAGUACUGGUUUUAUACAUCUCCCCAUACACUCUUUACCCCAUUCUAAUAUCUCCCCAUUAGCCCAGUCAAUAUAGGGAUUGUGCUUACUCAGCCACGGAAACCCUAAUAUGAUAGGACAUGAUGGAGAAGUAAUAACCUGAAACGUCAUCUCCUCCCUAUGGGAGGCCCCAAUGGAGAUCGUAAUAGGGACAGUUUCGUGGGUUAUAAGCGGUUGUGUGAGUGGUCUACCAUCAAUAGCCUCUACAGCUAGCGGCGUAGGUCUCUCCCUGAGGUCUCUCCCUGACCGGUAUCUCAUUACCCUAAUAAACUGGACAUCAAUAAAAUUUCCAGCAGCACCUGAGUCCAUUAGGGCACUGCAAGAAAACUUCUUGUUAUCAAGGGAAAUAGAUACCUCAAGGAGGAAUCUACUUUUGUUUUUGUUAGAGGACAACUCCAUCACACCUAAGAUCUGUCCCCUUAAGGUUCUUAGGUGCGGAAGUUUUCCGGACGCACUGGACAAUUAGUUAUCAUAUGUCCCUUUCUACCGCAAUAUAGGCAUAACCCCUCCCUUCUCCUAUACUGUUUUUCGGCCUCUGACAGUCUAGUGACCCCCAACUGCAUAGGUUCGGGUUCGGACUAUACAGGGAGGUUAGACAAAACAGGUUUAGAGAAUUGAGGUGCAAGGGACAUAGCCGUACGUCUGGUCUUGCUUCUGGUGACUUCUCUGAGUCUUAACCUAUUAUCAAUAUGCAUGACAAACGUAAUAAAUUCGUUAAGACUCUUAGGUAAUUCUUUAGCGGCUAUCUCAUCUCGUAUAGUCUCUGAGAGACCCUUUUUCAAUGCUGAGAUUAACCCAUUGCUAGUCCAGUCUACCUCGGAAGCUAAGGUACGGAAUUCAAUAGCAUAAUCUGAGAUAGACCGGUUACCUUGUCUGAUGUGCAUUAGGGCAGUGGAGGCGACAUCCUCUCUACCCAAUGACUCAAACGUGAGCUUGAAUUCGGCAAGGAAUUCCUGGUAAUUAUGAGCUAUGCUCCGAUUACUCUCCCACAACGGAUUAGCCCAGGCAAGGGCCUUGCCCUUUAAUUGAUUCAUUAGAUAACCAAUUUUUGCUCUGUCCGUGGGGAACGACCCUGGUGAGGCUCUCAAAAUGGUACUCCACCUGAUUAAGAAAACCCCUGCAUUCCUGGAUAUUGCCAUCAAACUGUAGGGAUGGCGAUAAGGAGAUGCUAGGAGUCCUAUUAACAGUGGGUGGAGGUACACAGGGUAGAGGUGCUAUAGGAGGAGACGCUGCAGGCUGCAGAUGCUCCGUUCUAGCGAGAAGCGUACUGAAAGCCUGAGCGAAUUGAUCCAUGCGGUGAUCAUUCUCCUCUAAUUUCCUCUCGCAAGCAGCUAUGUGCUGACACAGUUCUACAGGAUCUAUGGCCAUGUUGUAAUGUCAGGAUUACUGUUUGAUCCAGCAAGUAGUACAGCACGGAUGACAAAUAAGUAACGUAUUACCGGUCCUUAGAAUGGCCGGAUUUAACAUACAAAAAAUAGUCAAAAAUACUAGCCGAGGUCAGGGAACACAGAAAGGGACACAGCGAUGAGGAAAGCCAGGAGUCAGGAUACCAGAAUAUAGAGAAGUCAAUAAACAAAGCCAAAGUCAAAAACCAGGUAGAAAACUAUAAACAGGAACGCGCUCUCGGACAACCACAAGGGAAACCACGACAGGGCACUGAGCAGGCUGAGAACUGGGCCUAAAUACCCCUCCUUUAGUUCUGAUAGGCUGUAACUGGCCUUUGACCCCAAAGUCAGUUACCAGGUUUCAUUUGCAUAAUUGCUGCUCAGCAUUAACCCUUCUGUGGAUUAGGUUGCUGCUCGGCACAACUUUUCCUGUGUGGACAGUAAAUGUCAUUAACCACAUUUCUAUAAGCGAAUGAAUACGUGACACCUUUAUUGCAAAUUCUGUUUAAUUUAGAAUUUCUUAUCUCCUGCUCUGUUAAUAGCAUUCUAGACCCUACAGAAGCCUCCUGUGAUUAGAGUUCAAUUUACAGAGCAGGAGAUAAAAAAAAAUUCUAAAGUAAGUUAAUAUCUGAUUGAAAAUGAAACCAUUUGUUUUAAUGCAGGCUGUGUCAUUCACAACCAGGAGAGAUGUGGCUAGGGCCACAUGGACGGAAACAAAAUUGAAGUAACUCAUAAAUGACAGAAAAUUAAGCAGUAAGACUGCAUUGGCAUGAUCUAGACAUCAAAACAGCAUCAAUAAUCCAAGUUGUUUUAGUGACUAUAGUGACCCUUUAAAAAUGUCAGCCUCAUGGAUAAGGGGAAAGAGAUGUCUACUUGCAUGCAUGAAAAGAAUAUACACAGAGGUUAUAAUACCUGUGAUCUUGGAUUCUUAAUAAAAAAGUGAUGACAGAUUUCCUUUAAAACCCACAAAAAACUAUUUGACUGGCUCAUAUACCUACAUUUUAAGACAGAUCAAUUGCAUGCUUUAAAGAAACACUCCAGUUAGCAUAUGUUUUACAGCCAGCUGUAAUAGUUCCAAAAGUGUCUUGGCUCCAUCCAAUGUUUGUAAAUGGUUUAAAAUACCUUACCUGGGACUGCUGGCCAGGGCCACCAUCAGGGGGUGACAACCAUGACGGUUGUCGCGGGCUCGCCAGCACUGGGGGGCCCGGCCGCGCGAGCCCACGUGGAGCGGCGAAACUGCACCAGGGCCCAUCAGGUGGCCCAAGCAUUUAGGGCCACCCGAUGAUCCCUAUAUCUUCAGGGGCCCGGUCAGCUCUGCAGCCGUGUAAUAGCGCGACCGGGCCCCUUUAAAAAAACAAAUGCGGCUGCACCCAAAUGCUGCUGGGAGGAAGUGACGGCGGGUCACUUCCUCCCAGCUUACUCUGCAAGGGGGGAGAGACAGCCGAGCAGAGCAGAGGAGAGGCAUCCGCUCCCAUCAUCCCCAGCCACCCUCCUGUGUAUGUAUGCCUUUAUUUAUGUGUGUAUCUGUCUAUGUAUGUCUGUCAGUAUGUAUGUGUGUAUAUAUCUAUGUAUGUAUGUAUAUAUGUCAGUAUGUAUGUCUGUGUGUGUGUGUGUGUAUGUCAGUAUGUAUGCCUGUAUGUAUGUAUAUAUCUAUCAGUAUGUAUGUGUGUGUGUGUGUGUGUGUAUGUAUGUCAGUAUACAUGUGUGUAUGUCAGUAUGUAUGUAUGUAUGUAUAUAUCUAUAUGUAUGUGUGUGUAUGUCAGUAUGUAUGUAUGUCUGUAUGUAUAUCAGUAUGUAUGUGUAUGUAUGCCAUUAUGUAUGUAUGUAUGUCUGUUUGUACGUCUGUUUGUAUGUUUGUAUGUCAGUUUGUAUGUAUGUCUGUUUUUCAGUAUGUAUGUAUGUGUGUGUGUGUGUGUGUGUGUCAGUAUGCGAGUAUGUAUGUACGUCAGUGUGUGUGUCUGUGUGUGUGUGUGUGUGUGUAUCUGUAUCUCCUUAUGCAUGUGUGUGUCUGUAUGUGUCUGUAUAUGUGUGUGUACGUCAGUGUGUGUGUCUGUGUGUGUGUGUGUGUAUCUGUAUCUCCUUAUGCAUGUGUGUGUCUGUAUGUGUCUGUAUAUGUGUGUGUGUCUGUUUCAGUAAUUGUGUGUCUGUAUGUGUCUGUAUAUGUGUGUGUCUGUUUCAGUAUGUGUGUGUCUGUUUCAGUAUGUGUGUGUCUGUGUCCUUUAGUGUCUGUGUGUGUGUGUGUAUUCCUGUGGGCGGGAUUUGGAGGCGGGCACCCAGGGGCCCAGACCUGGAGCUGUGUUAGGGGCCUCAACAUUUCUGAUGGCGGCCCUGCUGCUGGCUGUCAGUCCCCUCCUCUAUGAGAGCUGGUAGCUCACUGCUCUGAGCUAGCCCUGGCGUGCAGGGCUUAGAUCAUUAGCUGAAAGCGAUCAGCUGAUUGCAGGAGAUUCUGGCACUCAAUGGAGAAAAUGACCGGUACCCAGCAGACCCCAGGUAAGUGGUUAAACUGUUAAACUACUUACAAUGGGGGUGGGUGUCAGGGCAACACUCUGUAGUAGUUAUGUGCUUGGAGUGUUUAUUGAAGGCCGCAGACUACCAGUUAAAGGAGUAGAAUGGUUUUAAUUGAUAUAAAAUAGUUAUGCCCAAUACAGGGCAAAUAAUCAUAAAAUUAGAGUUUUUGAUAACUGGUGCUCUAAAUUUGUCGAUUUAUGUUUUCUAUGUAUAUAUAAAUAUCUAUAAUGUAAACAUUAACAGUUGCAUUAUCAUUGUUAUCAAUUUCCUUUAGGUUUAGUAAAUAUGUCCAUUGUAUUACUGAUAUUGGGAAAGAGUUGUUUCAUGUUCCUAAACUGUGUAUAUUAUUAAUUAUUUUAGUUUCACAUCAUUGAAGAUCAAAACUUUAAAGGACGGGAUAAAGCAAUUGUUUUUCCAGCACAUACAACCAUUGCAUUUAGUAUUUUUGAUCUAUACAUUCACCUGGAUGGCCACUUUGGUAAGUUUCUGACUUAUAUUGAAAUGCCCUGCUUUUAUAUACAUAUUAUUAAUUUACAUGAUCUGUGCAUUAAAGAAGAUCACAUGUCCAAAUGCUACCUUGUCAAAGUGGGUGACACCAAUGGCGUGGUCAGACUCCUCUACUUAUCCUCACACUCCCUCAAUACCUGACUCGUCUGUCAGUCUUUACACUGGUUCACAAUUUGUUUAUGGAUUCAACUUAAAAUCUUUAUCUCUGCUUAUUAAGAUUUUUUUUUACACUUUUUCCCAUCCUAUAUAUCCCCCAAGUCUAAAUAAUAUGGUCUGCACAAUAUUACCUGGAGGUACUGAGAGGCAGAAGCUUCAGUGUGCACCUCCCUUUAUAAAAUCAAACCCUCUUCCAAUUCAACAAUCCAUGUGCUGAGACAGGAGCUGGAGAGAAAAGACAGUCUCUCCACAGCUCCCCUCCCCACAUACCAGUAAAAGGAGAGGGGCUAAAUUAAAUGAUAGUAUGUAACUCUCACCAAUCUGUGCAGACCAUGAAGCGCACGUCCCUUUUGUUCUAAUAUUAAAGAACCCCAGCUCGAAUUAAACGAGAAAUAUCCAAUAUAAAAGAUAUGUAAUGGUGAAGCAUGUAUUAGGAAAAAAAUAAUGCCAUCUCUGCAUUUAUAAAUCAUUUCACCUUUAGCAUCAUAGUUUAUUAUGAUGUUCUCAAAACCCCUCAAUGGGAGCAUCAUUGCUGUAAUCUUAUAUUAGCCAAAUUCAUGCUCAAAUUAGGGCAAGUGUAGAGAAUAUAACUCUUAACUGUUAUUCAACUAAACAACUAUCUUAUCAAAAGAGUUAUAGCGCAAUUACAGAUUCAUAGCAACACUUGGGAUUUGUUUUGCUAGAGAGUGCACUCGCUGGCCUGCAUAAAGUCCAAGAAGUUUAUUCACGGAACACAGAGAGGCACUCCCUUUGUAGCAGAUGCUAUCUUACUUGAACAUAAACAGCCAUAAUCUUUGUCAGACAAAGGUGGACCACUAUAAGUCUGAUAUGUUUAUGAUGUAGUCACGGAAUGGGUAUUAUAACCAUUUAAGGCAUCAAUUUAAUAUUGUUGGAUAAUCUAUUCAAAUAAUUUGAUAUUUUUGGGCUACACUUUUAAAAUAAUUUCUACAAAAUAUUAAAAUACCAAAAAAUAUAUCAUAUAUAAAAAAUAUCUCAAUAUAUAUUAAAAAAUCAGUAUCACAAAAGGUAAAUAUUUUUUAUAAUAUUAAAUAAUUUUAAAAGUUUAGCCAAAUAUAUUAGAUCAUUUAAAAAAACUUAUCUAACAAUGUGAAAUUGAGGCCCAUGUGCCAUAGUUAAGAAAAUGAGCUUCAAAGCAGGUCCAGCUUCAAAAGAGUAAAACAGAUACGGACUAAUCCAUCUCAAAAACAUCAAAUGGAAAAACUGUGGCCCUGAAGACUCAUUAAUUGAUACGCGUUUUAAUUGGUUUUACAGAACUAUGUGUAUCGACAGCUUCAAAAGGAGGGUUUGAAAGAGAACCAACCAGGUCAUUUUCAUUGAACACCCUGAGGAACAACUUAUAUCGAUCAGGAAUCCUUUUUACUAGUAAGUCAGAAUAUCAGCAACACAUUGAUUAGCAUUAUGGUGUCUAGUAAUUUGUCAUUGAUAAUUUGGAUUAAAGGGGCAGCAAUGCUUUGCUAACUCUGACAUCACUAGUCCAGUUUGUGUCAUCAUGCUACAUGUCCCCAUUCAAUCCAUAUGUUGGCUUGGCGUAAAGGAACACUAUAGGGUCAGGGACACAAACAUGUAUUACUGACCCUACAGUGUUAAUUUCCUAUUUCAGCCAAUAAAUUGGAUUGGCUAAAAUGGGAAAAGAGGCGGGACAGGGGCAGGGUUAAACGCCAGUUUGGCCAAUCAGCACCUCCUCAUAGAGAUGCAUUCAAUCAAUGCAUCUCUAUGAGGAAAGUUCAGUGUCUCCAUCGAGAGCGUGGAGACACUGAACCAUGGAGACACUGAACCAGAAAGACUGGAGGUGUCCCUAGGUGGCAAUGUAAACACUGACUUUUCUCUGAAAUUGCUGUCUAUUCUCACCAUUAAGCUGUAGUUGUUCUGGUGACUAUAGUGUCCCUUUAACAUUGUACUAUAGUGUAAAUAAUGUAAGUUAGUGUAUUGAUAUGAACAGUAUAAUCUGGUGUAUGUUGCAUGUUUGUCACUCUUUAUGCUGUGCUACUGUGGCACAGUUUACUUUAAGCUUUGAUCUUUUACAGUCAUUUUUAUACUAUGGCAGGUAGUCACAAAUCAAACAACCUUUCAAAUUAAAAAAAAGAAAGUUUCACUAAACCCACGUGAAAUAACACACAGAGAUAAGAUCACGAACAAAUGUAAAAAUCAAGGGACUUACCUUAGAUUCAUUUUACAGCAGCAAUUAUCUCUGUCAAAUAUGCCUAUUUUCUCAGCGUUUAAAAAGUUCAAACAAAACUUUUAUCAUAUAUUAAAGCUCCUCUAAAUGUGUUCUUUUAUAUACAAUCAACUUAUUAUUAAGCAUUACCAUUUACAAUUCCCAAUAUUAUACUUAGUAAAUCAUAAAAAAAAAGGUAAAAAUGUUACUUUAAGUUAGUCUCAAUUUGUAUUUUAUUUCUAUAAAUGCAAUAGGGGCUAUUUCUAUUACAGUGAUGAUUUAUUUUACAAAGUGUUACAGUUUAUGUGUCUUUUUUCAGGUAAACGAACAAUGGAUAUCAUUGGUAACUCAGACUCCUAUAUUGAUGAUAUUUUUUCUGAUUACUAUGACAAGGCUGCAAGCAUGACGGACAUAUCCACCACUUUUAAUCGAGAAGGCACUCAUACUCGAGUAAACUUGCUUAAUAAUAACAUCUCUAAGGGACCAUGUGCACUCUGCGGAAUGGGGAACGCAAAAAGAGAAACGGUGUAUGGAUGUUUUGAGUGUUCCUAUAACGGGCAGAAGUAUGUGAGGCUGCACGCAGUACCUUGCUUUGACUUGUGGCAUAAAAGAAUGAAGUAA